AUGCAACUCCUCCCGGCCGCCGUCACCGCCCUUCAUCUCCUCAUCCUCCUCCUCUUCUUCAUCGCCACCCUGGAUAAGGGCUGGUGGGUGCUGCCGGACUCGCAGCCCCUGAACCUCUGGUACGACUGUGCCCCCCAAAACCGAUCCAGGGCUGGGAGUGCAGCAGCCUCGGGCUCAGCCGUGACCCUGCUGCGGGGGGUGCAGGGGUUGAUGGUUUCCGCCCUGCUGCUCUCGGCCUUCGGCCUCCUCCUCUUCCUCUGGCAGCUGCUGGCGGGGCCCCGCGGGCGCCUCUUCCUGCCCUCGGCCGCUGCCCAGCUGCUGGCAGGGCUGGCGGCGCUGUUGGGGGCGGGGCUGUUUGUGGCCGGAGGGGGCGGGGCCAGCGUUGGGGGCCGCCCCGGGCACUGCCCAGCGCUGGCCGGGCUGGGCGGGGCCUUGGCUCUGGCCAGCGGGGGAGGGUACCUGCGGCUGCGGACACGCGACUGA